AUGGGCCUCAGCAAAGAGACCCGCAUCAUCACCCUCUUGGUGAUUGAUGUUGUCUUCUUCUUCAUCGAAAUCAUCACCGGUUAUGCUGUCGGAUCGCUCGCCCUCGUCGCUGACUCGUUCCACAUGCUCAACGAUGUCAUGUCCCUCAUCGUCGCUCUGUGGGCCGUCAAACUCUCCACCAAAUCAUCCGACCACCGAUUCAGUUACGGCUGGCAGCGAGCCGAGAUCCUUGGUGCCCUCGUCAAUGGUGUCUUCCUCCUCGCGCUGUGCUUCAGCAUCUUCAUGGAAGCCAUUCAACGCUUCGUCAACGUCAGCGAGGUGUCCAACCCCAAGCUUGUCAUUAUUGUAGGCUGCCUGGGUUUGGCGAGCAACCUCGUUGGUCUGCUGCUCUUCCACGACCACGGUCACGCUCACGGUGGACAUGGUCAUUCGCACGGUCACGGCGGUCACAGCCACGGCAGUCACAGUCACAGCCACAGUCACGCCGUUACCGACGGCUCAGCCCACGACCACGACAGCGCCCACCAGGACGAGGCCGAAAGCGGUGACACAGUUGACCUCAACUCGGUUGGUCGCAAGAAGACCAACUCGGCCUCUGCAGCCAACGACGACGCCAUCCGCGGUCGCAGUCGCCAAGACAGUGUCGGCUCGAUUCUCGGCCACCCCGCCCAGACGCGCGCCUUUGUCGUCCAGACCGCCCACGAUCUCGGCUACGAAGGUUCGCGACACCAGCACUCCAACUCGAUCACCUCGCUCGGCGGUGCCAACGAGCGCAGCCGUCUGCUCGGUAACGGCUCCAACGACUACGGCUCCACCGACCUCGAGUCUGGCAGUGGUUCUUCCGGCGCACGCAAGAACGGCCACUCGCACAAUCACGAGAACGCCGUCCACAACCACUCUCACGCUUCCGACUCACACGAUGCUCCCGGUCACGGUCACUCCCACUCUGGUGGUCACUCGCACGGCGAAGGCUCGAUGAACAUGCAAGGCGUCUUCCUGCACGUCCUCGGCGAUGCGCUUGGUAACGUCGGUGUUAUUGCUGCCGGUGUAUUCAUCCUCACCUCCUCCGCAUGGUGGCGCUUCUACUCCGACCCUGCCAUCUCGUUCCUCAUCACCAUCAUCAUCUUCCACUCUGCGCUGCCGCUCGUCAAGUCCGCCUCGUACAUUCUGCUGCAGGGCGUGCCUGCGUCGGUGUCCCUCGAGAGCGUCAGGCAAUCGAUCAUGUCCGUCGACGGCGUGCUCAACCUGCACGAGCUGCAUGUGUGGCAGCUCUCUGAGAGCAAGAUUGUCGCUUCGGUCCACGUACUGGUCGACUGCUCGUCGGGUCAGACCGAGAAGUACAUGGAGAUCGCGGCCAAGAUCCGGGCGAACCUGCACGGAUGGGGAAUCCACUCGAGCACGAUUCAGCCCGAGUUUGUGCCCGGCGGACUGAGGGAGGCGGCGAUCCUGAGCGGUGUCCAGGUGGCCGAGAGCGAUGAGGAGGGAAGGUUGAGGACGGUCGAAGGAAGACUGGUCGAGAGGGAGGUGCAGAAGGUGGAUACGGCAUGUUUGAUCGCGUGUGGGGACGAUAACGAUUGUCAGACGGAAAGCUGCUGUCCGCCGACAGCGAGCGGGGCGCCGAGCAAGCCGGGGAGUGGGUCCGCCACGCCCGCUGGUGACCGUGCGUAG